AUGGACCCCCUCUCCUUAUCCCUCGGCAUCGCAGGAAUCCUGCCUCUCAUCGCCACUGCAAUCACCACUUCCAAGGAGUACAUUGACAAUGUACGCUCAGCAAGGAAGUCAAUCGCGACUUUGAUCAACGAACUCGAGGUGCUACAAGCCAACGUGGCCAAUCUACACGAGCUAUUGAAAGGCGAUGCACUGAGCGAUAAUGCUGUGCGAUUCGAUAAGAGUUCGGUCCUCCAGACCUGCUCCGAGGCCUGCUCGGCAAAACUGAGGUCACUAUGUCAGAAGCUGAGCCAAGAGGGAAAGGGAAAAAGAAGUCGGCUGCUGUGGCCUUUCACCGAAAAGGAUUACCAGAAGACCAUUCAAGAGCUACGCAAUUUCUCUAGUUGGAUGCAAUUUGCCUUGUCGGUUGAUGGCUGUCGGCUGCUAUCGCGGACGUCCGACGACGUUUUGAAGUUGAUGGCGGAGCAGUUGGAACAAUUCAAGACUGUUCAGGCACUUGAAGCAGACACGCGGAAAAUCCUCGAUGUUGUUACUGACCAGAAGCGUGUUAUUCAGAACAAUAUUGAGCGAGAAACUAGGAAGAAUAUCUUGGACUGGAUAUCUACCUCGAAGCACUAUCAGAAACACAGGCUCAUUCAAGCGUCGAGGGCACAGAAUACUGGCACCUGGAUCCUCCAAAGGGAGGAAUUUAUUCAAUGGCAAGACGAAACAUCAUCGUCAAAUGUUCUCGUUUGUCAUGGCAUUCAAGGCUCAGGCAAGACUAACCUUGCCUCGAUAAUUAUCGACGAACUUCUCAACACAGCCUCCAGCGAGGUCUCGCCCGUCGCAUACUUCUACUUUGAUCACCAGGACCAAUCUUCUCAAAGUACACCUGCCGUCCUAAGUAGUAUUCUCAGACAGCUUCUCGAGCAGAUAUCGACAAUCCCCAAUCCAGUCGCUGAACUGUACGAAAAGAACAGCGACAAAGGGCCAAUACCACCAAACGAGUGCGAGCGGCUACUCACAGACGUUGCUUCAAGCUUAAAAUGUGUAUAUCUUGUCUUUGAUGGACUUGAUGAAUCAGGCCAACGAAGACCUUUUCUUCAGAGCAUCCUGAAUGUGGCUCGAAGUCAUCAUGUCCGUUUAUUGGUCACCAGUCGACCGCAUAUACCGGACCUGAAAGAUCUAUUCCAGCAGCAUCCAAAUUUUAUGAUCGAGGCCCACGAAGAAGAUCUCAAGACCUAUAUUUACCGGGAGCUCGAGCAAGGUGGGAAAUACGAUAUCGCGGAUCAAAGCUUUAUGAACAGAUUGGUCCGGGAACUGACCAAAGGGGCAGAGGGAAUGUUUCUUCUCCCAGUUUUGCGACUCCGCACAAUACUCAAGGAGCCAACGCCGGGCCAAAUGGAGGACAGACUCGCAGAUCUUUCACAUAGUCUCGACGAUGCAUUCGCAGAUACCAUCGCUCGCAUUCAACGACUGCCCGAAAGCCGAAGCAGACUCGGACUGGACGCGCUGAGAUGGUUGACCCUUACAACGGAAGCAAUGACAGAAUCGGAACUCAGUGAUGCAUUGGCCAUUCACGAGAAGCAGAACGCAGUCAACGUGAAGUAUCGGCCAACUACAAAGACUAUCCUCGAAUGCUGCCAGGGUCUCGCGACUGUCGACACGGAAGGUCGUGUACGUCUUGCACACUAUGCCAUUCAGGAGUACUUGACAGAGCAUUCGGAAGAUCUCUUUCCACGGGCGGAAGCGACAAUCGCUGUGACUUGUCUUCGCUACUUUGUGUUUGAGAAUUUCCAGGACGGACCGUGGACAGACAGAAGUGAAAUCAAGUCAAAGAUGGAGAUGUAUCCCUUCCUUGCCUGGGCCGCAAGGCACUGGGGACAUUUUACCCAGCAGACAGAAACCGACCCAGAGGUGUGGUCUGCGUUAUUCACAUUCUUCUCCUCCUCUGUCGCCACGGCCGUGACGAAUCAAGUGCGACAAUACUCGCUGGGCCUGAGGAGAGAUUACUGGAUCGCGAGCGAGUGCUGGAGCUACACAGCGCUCCAUCAUGCGUCGCGCGAAGGGCUUGAUCGGGCUGUGAAUCAGCUGCUAGACAGUGGCGCUUUCAGCGUUAACGAGUUGACGGAGAUGGGUGCCACACCAGUGCUUAUGGCCGCUGCCGACGGACACACUCUAACAACUCGAAGUCUACUGGCCCAUGGCGCUAACCCACGUCUGCGUAAUUGGUACGGCGAUGCGCUAGACUGUGCCAUUGAGGCAGAUCGAGUAGACACAAUUCGUGAGCUGGUCCGCUGGGGAAUGGAUCCCAACGGCGUCGCGGAUGACGGGCAUACUUAUCUCAAUUCCGCGCUGGACACCGACUCGGCCGGGGCGUUUGCAACCCUUGUCGAGCUGGGGGCUGAUAUUGAAGCGCAGAGUGAGAAGGAGCACCAUGUUCAUAUCUUCUUGACUGCGGCAAGAUGGGGAUGUGUGAAGAUCGUAUCGUUGAUGCUAAUGCGAGGAUGGGCUGAUAUUGAGAUGAGGAGUCCUAGUGGGCUCACAGCACUGCAUUAUGCCGCUGCGGCUGGCGAAACGACGACUGUGAAGAGACUCCUCGAUGCCAGUGCUGACAUAAAGGCGAUGGAUAAGAAGGGUCGUACAGCUCUGGAGUAUGCGGAGGCUAGAGGCAACAAGACCACGGCCAGACUGUUAGUAGACGCAGGAGCCUUGCCUCGGGGUGCGAAUCGAGCGAGGAAUCUGGUUCUGAGAAGUGACCGACCUGCCGCAACCCAUUGA